GUUACCUUCUAUACAUGCACAACCAUACACAUAAUGUUUAGUUGAUAAUAUAAAUACAUCUAUGCAAAACUCAUAUAUAAUACACGUAUUUGUUUGUGAUCAAUAGAAAGUGAAUUCAUUUCUGGUUUAAAAUAUUGUAAAUUCUUUAUUGUUUAUCUGUUAUUAGUUAGUUACUUGUUUGUUUUUUAUAUGGCGGUAAUAAAUUCACAUAUGAAGUUGAAAACAUUAUCAAUGUUGAAUAUAUAAAAUAAAAAUCGACAACUAUAUGAAAAUCAAAUUAAUUUCACUCCUAAAUCUCAUAUUUUCACAAUGAAUUCAUCACAAAUUACAACAAUGAUACAUUCAUAUCGUUUACCAAUGUUUCCUACAUUAUUACCAAAAUUAGAAACAAAUCAAAAUUAUUAUAAUUUAGAAGAAAAUCAAUAUAAUAAUAAUAAUAAUAAUAUUGAUGAUAGUGAUUCAUAUAAAUCACAUAUUACAUUAGAAUCAAUAACUAAUAAUUCAAAUAAAAUAAUUCAAUUAAAAAAUAUUCAAUCAAUCAAUAAUUAUUUAUUACCAAAAUAUGAAAUAAUCAAUAAAAAAGAAAAAAAUAAUUUUGAAAAUAAAAUAAAUAAUAAAGAAAAAUAUAAAUUUAUGAAAAAAGAGGAAAUACAAAAUAUAAAUGAAUGGGAAUUAGAUGAAAUGAAAACAAAAACUAAUCUUUCUAUUCGUAUUAAACAUAUUAAUGAAUUAUUUUGUGAAGUAACUAGGAAAAUGUAUUGUUUAAGCGAAGAAAACGGAUCAUUAAUGAAUAAUUUAUUCAAAGCAACAGAACAUUUAAAAUAUUUAAAAAAUAUUUUAAAUAAUGGUCAAGAGCAUCGUUCAACAUUUCAAUAUAAUUAUCAAAUUGAUUCAGUUAAUCAAAUUGAAAAUUCAUCCCAUAAACCUAACAACUGUUAUUCUCCAACUAGACAUUGUAUUUCUCCUCAUCAAAUUAUUAAUGAUGAUUUCAAUAUUCAUAGAUUAAAAUUAAAAACUGGAAGUUUACAUGAAAAUUUAUUUUCAUUUUCUCAACCAAACUUAAAUCAAGAUAUCAAUAACUGUAAUCUUUCAGAGAAAUAUAAUACUGACAAUGGUACUCAUAUCGAUCAUCAUCAGUAUCAUAAUAAUAACAGUGAUAACAAUAAAUGUAAUAAAUAUACAGAGAAGACACGUUUGGAUAUAUAUAAAACAAAAGUUAUGAACACUAAUGAACAUUAUGUACAGAAGAUCGGUGACAAAUUACUUCAGCAUUCACAAACUAGUAGAAUUUCGCAAAUAUUUACCAAAGCAAAUCACUUUUCAACGAUCAAUUUAACAACUUCAUUAUUUCGUAGUGCUUCGAAGGAAAGAUCUAAAAGAAAACUUAUAUAAUCACAAUUUAAUCUGCUUAAUCAUUUUGAUUUUUUCUCUUUCCAUUGUAACUGUUUCCGCUUUUUCCUACUUAAAGUAUAAACAUUGGAGAUCUUAGUAGAUUUAAGUUAAUAAUUUGAGGUAAGUGUAGUCGACUCAUAAAACUGUUGAGAGAAUGUCGACUGGAAGAGAACAAUAUUUUUUGGUGGCUUCAAAUAGAAAGUUCAAAUAGACGACUGUAAAAACAAAAGCGAAUAAUAUAUUCUAUUUAAACUAUUUAUUACUACAUGUAAAAAUGAGAAGAAAUUUUUGUACGAAUUUCGCAUUUUUUUGUUUCAAACAUUGCUCGAUUUCUGAUUGUAAACACAUGAAAGUGAAAAUAAUAACACUUGUUUCAACCUA